AUGUCGCCUACUGCGGCCGUUGAUGCUCCUUGGAGCUCAAUCGAUUUCUCGACUAAGAGUCGGACUUCGGUAGCCGUACAACACAUCGAGAAGGAUGACUCUUCGUUAAAGACAAUUGACGAGCUUCUACGUUCCAGAGCAACAAGCCAUCCUCAUAUUCCUAUAAUAUCCUAUCCAUCCACAGGGAUAGAAUAUGUUGACUACACAUUUCAACAGCUGGAUGUCUUUGCUUACAGGGUUGCAAAAUAUCUAGAAGUAACCAUCCCUACAAGGACUAGUUCGAUUGCAAAGCGAUCGGUGAUUGCCAUGAUGGGCCCAUCAAAUCUAGAGUAUCUAGUGACGAUGAUGGCCCUCAUCAAGGCUGGCCACACAAUAUUGUUUCUGUCAACGCGGAUCUCUGCCACCGCUGUUGAAUCACUAGUUGAGACUACGGGCGCUUCGUAUCUGGUUGCAGACCCGAUGUAUCUAGGGACGGCGGCGUCCGUAAAAGAGCGACGUCCGGACUUGCAGGUUCUCGGCAUGCCACAACGCAGUGUCUUCGAGUUUCCAGUUGAGGUUUAUGUUGACACUCAGCUCGAUGCUGCGCUAGACUCAAACGUCGAAGCGAAUGAAAUAGUUUACAUCAUUCAUUCAAGUGGAUCCACGGGCCUCCCAAAACCCAUCUAUCAGAAACAGAGCGCUGCAAUAUGCAAUUAUAGCGGAAACAUGAACAUGAAAGCGUUCAUCACCUUACCCUUGUAUCACAAUCAUGGCAUUUGCAAUCUGUAUCGUGCGCUAUGGUCACGGAAAUCUAUUCAUCUCUAUAACGCCGACUUGCCACUCACAACUGAGUUCCUGAUCAAGAUUAUGCGAACAAACAAAUUCGAAAUAUUUUACGGGGUACCGUACGCAUUGAAGCUGCUGGCGGAAACUGAGGAGGGACUUGACCUUUUGGUCAACCUCAAGACUGUCAUGUAUGGUGGAUCCGCUUGCCCAGACGAUUUGGGCAACUUACUGGUGGACCGUGGUGUCAACCUCAUUAGCCACUACGGCGCUACUGAAGUUGGUCAACUAAUGACCUCGUUCCGCCCUGAAGGCGACAAGGCAUGGAAUUAUGUGCGUGAAAGUGAUAAGCUGUCACCAUUUCUUCACUGGCUACCACAGGGGCCGAACCUUUUUGAAUGUUGUGUUCGGCCAGGCUGGCCAGCCAAAACUGCCGCCAACAUGGAUGAUGGCUCUUACAAGACUAAAGAUCUGUUUGAGCCGCACCCUACAAUACCUCGUGCUUGGAAGUACAUUGCUCGACUGGACGACACAAUUGUACUGGUCAACGGAGAGAAGUUCGGCCCUGUGCUCAUGGAAGGCAAAAUCCGAUCAUCAAAACUGGUGACUGAAGCAGUUGUCUUCGGCGCGCAGCAGCCCUACCUUGGUGUUUUGGUUGUUCCAUCUCAACUGACCGCCGGGGAGGCACCGGCCGAAGUGCUGGAGGCGAUUUGGCCUGUCAUUGCCGGUGCCCAAGAAGGCAACGAUGCAUUUGCAAGGAUAUCAAAGGACAUGAUUGUCGUCUUGCCGCACGGCAUUGACUAUCCCCGAACAGACAAGGGUAGUGUCAUCCGUCAAGCCUUUUACAAGACCUUUAAAAGGGAGAUUGAGACAGCCUACGACAUCUCAAGCGCCUCGAGCGAAGACGCGCGUGUCAUGUCUGAUGUUGAACUACGACAGCAUCUCCGCGCGCUCGUCCUGAAAACACUGCCUCAAGUGGAGUUUUAUGAUGAUACCGAUUUCUUCAGCUUGGGCCUUGACUCAUUACAAGCCAUUCAGAUUCGAGCAGGUAUCCUGAAAUCGGUGAGGACAACUAAUAAGCUCACUCAGAAUGUUGUUUUCGAUCAUCCUUCAAUCAGCAAGUUAUCUGCCUAUCUUCUUGGAUCUGCAGACAACGCAGACAAAAACAGAGCAAACACGGAGCCAGAGAUGCAAGCUCUCAUCGAGAAAUACAGCGACUUCACUCAAUCAGCAUGCCCAAUGGGAAAGUUUGUCGCAGUCACUGGUGCGACAGGCUCACUCGGCGCUCACAUAGUUGCCAAGCUGGUCAAAGACCCUGCAGUAGAACGAAUCUAUUGCUUUGUACGUGCCCAUGAUCUGGCGAGUGCAUCCAAACGUACCGCAGAGUCCAUGAUAUGCCGCAAGGUAUACCAUAACUUGUCCCUUACCGAGCGCCGUAAAAUCAUCUCGCUUCCCUCCGACCUUUCUCGACCCGAUCUAGGAAUCGAUGCCACAUCAUAUCGCGAAAUUAGCUCGAGUCUUCGUGCCGUUAUCCACUCAGCCUGGUCUGUGAACUUCAACCUUGCCCUUUCGAGUUUCGAGAAAGACAAUGUCGCUGGACUCAAGAACCUCAUCACCCUGUGCCAAAACGGUGGCGCAGCUUUCAAUUUCUGCUCCUCCGUCAGUGCGGUCUCACGACACCCCGAUGAGAACGGGCCGGUGCCGGAGACUGUUUCCAAGACGGAGUGGGCACAAGGGAUGGGGUACGCUCAGUCCAAGUCGGUCGCAGAAAACAUCUGCGCACAGGCAGCCGAGCGGGCUGGUAUUCCCGUGAGGGUCCUGCGCAUCGGCCAGAUCGUCGCAGAUACAGAGCACGGCAUCUGGAACGCAACAGAAGGCGUGCCCAUGGUCAUCCAGACCGCGGUCACAGUUGGUGCUCUACCUAAGCUUAGGGAAGACCCCUCGUGGUUCCCCGUGGACGUCGUUGCGCAAGGCGUCGCAGAAAUCUCGUUAUCCGAUGCACAAAGUGCUUUCACCAAUGUCUCGAACCACCAAGCAUUCAGUUGGGUUGAGGAUCUUCUGCCCGCGCUCCGCCAGGCUGGACUGCAGUUCGAGGAAGUAGAGCCAAAGGAAUGGGUCCGAAGGCUGAGAGAAUCAAACCCGGACCCUGUUGCGAACCCUCCUAUCAAGCUUGUCGACUUCUUUGGCAGCAAGUAUGACAAGGAUGAAUUUAGCCCAUCCAAGCAAUACGUAACCGAGACAGCCAGGUCUCUAUCACAGACACUCAAUUCUGGUUGGUCAUUAGAUCAAGGUUUCGUCGAUAAGUUUGUUAGCCAGUUUCUCUCCGGCGCCUGGCAGACGACAUCGCCAAUGCCCGCCGAAACUCUCAAGUCGGCAGCCAAGACCGCAAUCGUCGUCACCGGCCCUUGCGGCUCAGGCAAAACAAGUCUGGCAACCGCACUGGCGAAACAACUUGGUGCUCCGUUCGUGGAGGGUGAUUCACUGCACAGUAAAACUGCCAUCGACUUCAUGAGAGCUGGCACUGCGCUGGCCGACGAGGACCGUAUCCCAUGGCUAGCGCGCAUCAACAGGCGGGUCGAAGAAGAGCUAUUCGACUUGGGCUACGAUACCGCCGUCAUCAGUUGCUCGAGUCUCAGGCGGAAUUACCGGGAUGCACUUCGCCAGGUCGGGCACUUGCGGCCUGACAAGCCCAGGACGGUCUUCUUAGACCUACAAUGCACGCCGGAGACGCUCGUGAGGAGGUUGGAGCUUCGUGGGAACCACUACAUGAAGGCGGAGAUGGUGCAGAGCCAGGUUCAGGCCUUAGAGGGCAUUGCUGCCAGCGAAGCGGACGUGUACCCCCUCGAUGCAGAGAAGGGUCUCGAUGACGUGCUAGCAGAGGCAACAUGGCUUCUGGGACGCCUUUGA